CUUUUCUACCACUUUGCUUCCUCUUUUUCCUCUUCCUCAAAAGAGAAAGAGCGAUAAUGUUAGCACAAACAACAAAAUGAACAAUCGCAAAACGCAUUCUCACUCUAAAGACCAGCCUGCAGCAAAUGAUCAUGUACCAGGUGUUUCAGCACCACCGACUGAAAUCGAUCGAUCCGAGUACUACACUCCUGCGUUGACUUCACGCGAGCGGCUCUCUUCUCUAUCACAGUCUGGACAGCAACAACCACCGGUCGUCGACAACAGCCUUAGCAGUGGCAACAAGAUAGUAUCAUCCACAUACAGUGCAACUCGACGUCACACAACCGAGCUCCAACAAAAACAGCCACCCAUAACAACAGUGACCCACGGUCAAGAAAGUAGUAGUAAUCACUCUCGCGAUCGAGAAGGAGGAGGAGAAGAAGAAGAAAGAAAAAAUCCCAGCAAUGGCAAAGAAGCGAUUGCGUUGAAAGACGAACCAAACAAAAGAACGCCAGUGAUGGUCACGCCAGAAUCAACCCUGUCGUCAGAUAUAUCGUGUUCAUCCUCGAUAGAACUUGUAGAGAACAUCGAAUUUCCAUAUAUUGAUGAUGGAACGCCUGAUAUACUACUGCGUCAGGAGCCUGAAACGGUCAAGGUGGAGAGACCAAAGGGAUUUCGACCGUUUGUGCGUGCCAAUAGCAUGAGCAGCAGCAGUGGCAGCGUUGCUACGGUAACGGUCAACAGCAUACGCAGAAAGAGAAAGGGACCAUUGUACUGCUUAACAGUGAAUCUCAAGAAGACGUAUGAAAUCAUUGACCCUGAAUUCGGAUAUACCGGACGAUCCGAUCCGCGUCGCGUCCUUACACGUCCAUCAAAGCCUGCCAAAAAUGACGGUUUCGACAAUGAAAACAGCGACUAUAUCAUUCGAGUUCAUGAUGUCUUGGGCGCUCCAGGAAAUGAUCAGUAUAGAGUCAUCGAUUUGUUGGGAAGCGGUACGUUUGGCCAGGUGGUCAAGUGCGAGCAUCUGUCGACACAUGAGUUUGUCUCUGUAAAGAUUAUCAAGAAUAAGCGAGAGUAUAGGCUCCAAAGUGACUUGGAGGCUGGGAUUUUGAAGCAGUUACAUCGAAAACUCCAGCCUCGGGAUCGCGAGUAUAUAUUGAAGCUUCACGACACCUUUGAUCACAAGAACCAUCUUUGCAUUGUGUCCGAGCUGCUUUCGUUCAGUUUAUACGAUCUGUUGAUACAAAACAAACUCAUGGGGAUGCCUCUCCAUCUUGUGCGCUCGUUCAGCAUACGAAUCAUUGAAACAUUGGGGCUACUAAGAGAAGCAAAGUUCAUUCACUGUGAUCUCAAACCUGAGAAUAUUUUAUUGAAGAGCGUGGAUUCAUCCGAGAUCAAGGUGGUGGAUUUUGGUGCAGCGUGUCAUGAAGCGGGCAAGAAAUACCUUUAUAUCCAGUCCCGAUUUUAUCGAUCACCUGAAGUCAUUCUCGGGUUACCGUACAGUUAUCCUAUUGAUAUGUGGUCUGCCGGAUGUGUGAUUGCUGAAAUGUUUCUUGGAGUGCCUUUAUUUCCUGGCAGUUCUGAACACAAUCAACUUCGAAGGAUUAUUGAUAUGCUGGGAUCGCCACCGCCGGAUAUGUUGCAACGAGGCUCUAAAACGAAGCAUUUUUUCAAUCAAAAAACGGUAAACGAUCAAGACAGACCUACGAUAUAUCGAAUGAAGAGUCAGGACCAGUACAGUCGUGAAAAAAAUAUCGUCAGUGUGCCCUCAAGACAAUAUCUGCCGGAGAUGGGGCUGACCGAUCUCAUACUCAACUACCCGAAUCCAUCUUUGUCUUAUGCAGAUGACGAUAGAGAUCAAGAGAUUAAACUACGUCGGUCCCUGGCUGAUUUCCUAAAGGGAUUACUUACGGUUGAUCCAGAAAUUCGGUGGACACCAAAACAAGCACGAGAGCAUCCGUUUAUAACCGGGGAGCCUUAUACGGGUCCUUAUGUUCCCGUCAAAGAGUUAAGCAGGAAUACUAGUACAGAUAGUGCCAGCAGCAGUGGUGACAAGAAUGGCAACAAUUGUACAGCAGCAAAAUUUACAACCCUGAAGGCAGUUGCAGAAGAUGCUCUAAAGGGGGAUAUCACUGCCACCACCACCACCACUACUGAAGCUGUUACUCACUCCAAUACCACUAUAAAGACGAACGAAGGUAUACUUCCGCGUGUAACAGCAGCAAUAGCAGAGCAACAAAGCCAGCAACAGCAACGACCUCAUCAGAUGCAGCAAGAGCUGCCGGAAAAGCAGCCAAUAGCAACGACAACUAAGAUACCCGUUACCUCAGUAACAACGCCAGCACAACCACCAGUAUUUGCACCAGCGCCUGUCAAAGGAAAGGUACUAGCACGAGUUGCUACCUCACCACAGCGGCAGGAUCCUAAGGCCGCACCAGCAUCUGCUACUAUCACUACUGGAAAUGCCCAACAACCAGGCCCAACGCCUAUCUUGUUGAACGGAAAAAAAUCCCAGCUGUAUCCAGUAAACGGCAAUCGGAUGGCAAAUACACUCGGUGGAGGGGAUGGCGGUCACAACAAGCGCAACAUCAUUAUCAUGCCAGAGGCUACCACAGCCGCAACAACACUAUCAGCAUCAGCAUCCUCGUCCACACAUGGUCACAGUAGCUUUGCUGCUGUUAGUAAUCCUGUCAUCGAAACCUUGCGGAUGCACUACAAACAUGAUGGCUCACCUGCAGGCGCAGUCUGCCUGACCUCACCACCGAUUCUGACCACUACAGCUACAGUCACCACUGAUGCUGUUAACAACAACAACAACAACAACAACAACAACUAUGACUACAGUAAUAUUAAGUAUACCAAUAACAGCAAUAACAAUGAUAAUAGUAGUAGUAAUAAUCAUAGUAAUGGCAACAAAAAGAGCAAUCACAGCGAACCGGAUAUAUCGAGACGGGUCAAGAUUGCACCGUAUGUCAAACUUCGUUGUGGCUCGCAUGAUUCAUUUCGGAUGCCGGAUGAAAUCCACUAUAACUAUGGAUCGACGACGACUGGCACUGUGAGAGCGACAGGAGGAGCAGGAACAGCGACGACUCUGCUCAGUGGACUCUAUCAGCACGACAACGCGAGUCGGGUCAAGUUGAAUAGCGUUGACAGCACUGGAAGCCGGGACAACAGUGACACAAGUGACAUCACGCCGAGCAAAAGCAGAAUGGCAGCAAGACAUGCUGGAGAAGCAGCAGGGGGGCUGUUGAUGAUGCGGGACAAGAAGCAAAAGAAAAAGGGCUCUUGAAAAAAAAAAAAAGAGAUCUACGUUACACGAAUCCAAUGAAAAAGAGUUGCGGGAUGCCAAAAGAACUUGUAAAUUAUCUUUAUUACUAUUUGUAUAGCACAUGGUUUAUUGCUCCUUUGUGGAUCGUGCUUUUCAUGAUGACGCUGCUGCUGCUGCUGCUGCUGCUAGAUCGCUGGGCUGGGCAGGGCAGGGCAGGGCCAAGAGGGAGACAAAGAGAGCCAGUGGGGG